AUGAAGAUGGGCGAAGGAAAGGGCUCAACACUUGUUCAUCUACUCGUGAUAGUCCUUUGCUUGGUUGCUUUUGGGUUCUCCAUUGCUGCUGAGCGCCGUAGAAGCACUGGUACUCUAUUUAAAGACGAAAAUACCAAUGCGACAUACUGUGUUUACAAGUCAGAUGUUGCAACUGGUUAUGGAGUGGGGGCUUUCUUGUUUCUUCUUUCAAGUGAAUCAUUGCUUAUGGGUGUGACGAAGUGCAUGUGUUUUGGAAUACCUUUAGCACCUGGUGGAAAUCGUGCUUGGACCAUUAUCUAUUUUGUAUCAUCAUGGUGA